ACUUUCUGCUGAAUUUAAGUUCAUGCCAAUAGGUUAUGUUUUAGGUUCAAGAAGCUGCUGAUUGCUUGGGCGCUGAUUGUGUACCACGCUAUGUGGAAAUGAACCAGACACGGGGCCUUGAUGUUGAAAACAUCUUUAACCAAUCAAAGAAGGAUGAAGUAACAACAGAGUUAUGGAAUCAAUCAGGAAAAGCCUGGAAAUAUUUGUUAGAUGAACUAAAUAAAGGUUCUGAUUCAGAGAAAGUUCUUGUUGCAGUUGGGAAUCCUGCAGUUCACAUUGCAAUGAUGGGACACUGCUUAAAACUUUCAAAGGAACGGAUGGGAUCAUUUCAUCUUGAUUCAGGCAGUAUCAGCAUCGUUGAUUUCCCGGACGGGCCCACCGGAGUAGGUAUUAUCCGGUGCAUCAACUACACUGCUCAUUUAGGGAGGUGGUCUAUACCUAUUACAAGAUCAACAGUGGAUGAUGAGGAGUUUUGAGUGUAAAUAUGAUCAACACUUUCCUGUAUUUUAACAACUAUUGAACUGAAAGUCUGGAAAUAAGACUUGUCAUAUUGCAUGUUUAAAAAAAAAAAAAAUUAAAUCUUUUCUUCAUUUA